AUGACAACUCCUGUUUCCUUCUUCCUCUUGGCUGCCCUACUCACUAUAGCUAAUAGAGGGUCAUCUAUUGAAUGUCAGACAUGUUCUGCUAUACAUAGCAACUGUACCGGCUCCGUAAAGGUCUGUGACCCUGAGUUUGAUGCCUGCAGCUCUGUCAUGGUUGAAACAAACACAUCUACAAAGACACUAAAAGUCAUCAGGAAAAAAUGCACAACUCAAAAUCAGUGCACUCCCGGUGCCAUAUUGAUGGAUCUUGAAAUAGGAUAUCAGGAGGCAGGGAACAGCAUCUGCUGUACAAUGGAUCACUGCAACACAGCUUCUCUCACAGUACCAACCAGGAACAAAACCCUAAAUGGGCUAUGGUGCCCUUUCUGUUAUGCUGAAGAAUAUGAGACGUGCAAAGAAGAAAUCAUCAGUUGCAGAGGAUUGGAGAAUCAGUGUUUCACCAGGGAAGCUGGAGGACAAAGGGUGACCACAAAAAACUCUGUUACAACCAUCUCAUACCAGGUCACCCAAAAAGGCUGUGCCACUAAACCAUUCUGUGCAGAACAAGGACUCCUCCUUUCACGGAACCAGAUCGUAUACGGUGCUCAGGAAAUACAGUGCAGAGCAGCCUCUCAUGAAGCAAGACCAGCUGACUCGGGAGGGCAAAAGACAGUGGACUUUGGAGCACGAAGAGUGUUCAAAUCACCCUGGCUCUGCCUCCAAGCCUUUGCUCGAUUUUUAAUGAUAACAUCUUUCUAUCAAUGUCUUUUUUAG